UAAUUCUUUUUGGCUCAAUAUAUAGUUUGGAUAUACUUGACCUAUGGAAACAAGAUGACAAGAGAUAAUAACUGAGCUAGAAUAAUUUGGCCUCAGAUAAUACUUUCACUUUACUGUUGAUGAUUGAGCACCUAAAUCGAUGAUCAAUACCAUGAAAGAUGAUUACAGAUACAUAAACUUUAUAGAAAAAGAGUUUUGUGAUAUUUAUAUUUAUUUUCCGGAUCACCAAGAGGGCACAAUAGGAAUGGUCAAAAUUAGCAACCCUCUAAAUACCAUUUUUUUUAACAAAAAAUCUUAAAUUCACAAUCUUCGUUGUAGAUCUUGAUCUAGAUAGUUGAGAGGAUUUUAUUUGUCAUCAAAAGCUCAACUAAUAUAUGCAGUUUAAUGGCAUUUAAAUUUAGUUUAAGUUUGUCUUUUCUAUUUACAUCUUCUACCAGUGUAUUGACAUCUCGCAAGUUAUUUAAUAUGUAAAUGAGUAAAACAUCUUAAGUCUUUAAUUAAGAGAUAACUAUCUGAUCAAUCUUUGGGGUAACAAGAGCAAUAGCCGCUGUGAUUCCUUAAAUAGUUAUAUACCAUAAAUAUCAUCGAGAAAUGUACAAUGGAUAGCAUUCAGAGUAUGUAAUUAAUUGAUAGUGAUUUUCUUUGGAUUUAAACUUGCUCAUGUACAACGAAUUAACCUUCUACAUCAUAUUACAAAUUGCAGCACAAAUCGAAGAAGUAAAAGCAGAACUUCUAGAUUCUGAUCCGAUAAUAGGCAGUGUGAAUGUCGAGGCAAUAAAAUUUAACAUAUUAGAAAUACGGGAGUUUCAUGAGUCUAAAAUUUAAGUUCUUAUAUUGCUAUCAAAACAAAACUAUUUGAAGAAGCACUAUUAGUUUCUUGCUCAAAUGACUUAUAGUCCUGAAAUAUAUUAACUUAAUUAUGAACAAGAAGAGGGCUUCAAAACAAACUCGAUUUAUAAUUGUUAACUGUAGAAUAAUUUACAAUCGCUCAUAAUACGAUACCAUCUACUCACUGGCUAGUAGCAGAUUGAUUUACUUCCCAACUCUUUAUUGAUUUCAUACUCCUCUAAAGGACUUCUUCACAACUUGAUCUACAAAUAUGCAUUGAUCUAGGUCGAGUUCAGUAUGACUAGUUAUGAUGAAUCUUUCAUCUCAAAAUUUUGUUAAACUGAAUCUCAAACAAGUUAUUGCUUUUUGUUAUGACACAUGCACUGCAAUACUGUUACCGGUGUUUCAUCUUUUUAACUGAGGAUUCUAACAGAUGUUUGUUUAAUGCACUACAAAAUUGCCUAGAAUCUUAAGAAUGCUAAACAAUAGCGGCGAAUCUAAAGAGACAUGGUAGUUUGGAAAGAUUAUUGAUUCCAGGCUCACUUUGUAAGGAAUUCCUAUGGCGGAGGCUGUGAUAAGCUCAUUAGUCCUAAAGAUAGGUGCUGCUUUAGCUAGUGAAACAACAAAAUCAGCAGCAUCACUAUUACUAAGAGGGAUGUUAGUAAUGAAAGAACUCAUGAAGGAUAUAAGUGACAUUAAGGAUGAGCUUGAGAUCAUGCAAGCCUUCCUACAGAUCGCAGAAAGACCAAAAGAGAAGGAUGAGACCACAAAAAUCUUUAUAAAACAAACAAGAGGCUUGGCUUUCGACAUUGAGGAUAUUAUAGAUGAGUUCACGUAUAAGCUGAGCGAGGAGCAAGGAGGGGUUCUACCCACAGCAAUCAAGAGGUACAAAAAUAUAAAAUCCUGGCAUCACCUUAGCAAGAAACUCAAAGAUAUCAAAAUUGACCUCCAAAAGAUAAUGGAGAGAAGGACACGAUAUGAUGCAAGAGGAAUGGAAAGUGAAGCAAAACCUCGAAUAGCUGUUGGCGGUAGCAAGAGUCGUGCAGAAUCAGCGCAUUUUGUCAAGGAGGAUGAUAUCGUCGGUAUUGACAAGUACAGGGACUUGUUGCUUGGAUGGUUGAAAGAUGAGGAUGAGCAGCAACGACAGCCAAUGAUAAUCUCAGUGUUGGGGAUGGGUGGUCUAGGGAAGACCACUCUUGUGACUCAUGUGUACAAUAUCAUCAAAGCUUCCUUUGAUGCUUGUGCCUGGGUUGCUGUAUCUCAAAGUUAUGAGACUCAUGAUUUGCUUAGACAGAUCUUAAAAGAGUUUUGUAGGGAAGAUCGUGAGAAAAGAGAAGCACCUAACAACAUUGAUACCAUGGAUUAUAGAAGCUUGGUUGAGACUAUCCGCACUUACUUGCAGUGUAAAAAGUAUGUACUCAUUCUGGAUGAUGUUUGGAGUACUGAUGUACUGGACAAUAUAAAGAAUGCACUUCUGAAAUGUAAUUGCAAGAGUAGAAUAGUUCUCACAACAAGGAAUCAUGAAGUAGCACUAUUAGCUAACGAGCACCGUAUGUUUGAGCUAAAGCCACUGGAGGCAAAUCAUUCGUGGGAUCUAUUUUAUAAAAACACAUUUUGGAAAAGUGCAAACAAGAUUUGCCCACUGCCUUUAGAACAAUGUGCUAGAAAAAUUGUCGAGAAGUGCGGUGGCUUGCCCCUUGCUAUCGUAUCUAUAGGCCGUCUCUUAUCAUUUCGAGAACAAACUAAUUCUGAAUGGGAGAAGGUUUACAAAGAUCUUGAGUGGUAUCUAACCAACAGCGCAUCGAAGCUCUAUGAAAAAGUACAUGACAUUUUGAAACUUAGUUUGGACGAUAUUCCCCAUUAUCUUCGAAAUUGCUUCUUAUAUUGUUCUAGUUUUCCAGAAGACUAUACAAUUGAAAGUGACAAGCUCAUAAGGCUUUGGGUGGCCGAAGGGUUCAUUGAAGAAAGAGAAAGAUUGAUGGAGGAAGUGGCCGAGGACUACUUUAACGAACUUGUUCAUCGGUGUCUACUACAAGUGGUACGUAGGGAUGAAGACGGUAGAGUUUGUGCAUGUCGAAUGCAUGACAUCAUUCGAGUCCUCGCUCUUUCAGAGUCAAAGGAGUUAAGUUUCUGCAUGGUUUACGAGCAUUCACGGACAAUAUUGCAGAGUUCCGAAGCACGCCGCUUGUCAAUCCUAAGCAAUAUAACUAAUUAUCGUACUGAAGACAAAUCUCAUUUGCGUUCAGUACUUGUUUUCAACAAUUCCAUGAACAAUGAUUUACUGAAGUCGGUCUUAAGAUCAUCAAAAUUUUUACGUGUCUUGGAACUAGAAGGAGCGCCAAUCGAGAAACUACCGAGUGAGAUCUGUAACCUCUUCAACUUGCAUUAUCUUGGUUUGAGAGCUACAAAAAUUAAGGAGCUUCCAAGAUUAAUUGUAAAGCUACGAAAUCUGCAAAUAUUAGAUUUGGAAGAAAGUAAAAUAGAAAUGCUGCCAAAGGGAAUAACAAAGCUUCAAAAGUUGAGACAUCUAAAUUUACAGGCAACUCACAUCAAGUUACCUGUGGAAAUAUGGCGUUUGAAGAGCUUGCAGACUUUGAUAUGUAAAGCAACUACGAAUAUUGUGCGGAAUGUAGAAGCUUUGACUGAGUUGCGGACAUUUUGGAUAAGGGGUGUAAGAACCCAUCACUGUGCAGACUUGUGGAAUAGUAUCACAAAGAUGAACCAUCUUGGUGAUUUAUUUGUCCAAAGAGCAUAUGGGCUAGAAUUACAGCAGUUGGGCAUCCUGCGCCUACCUCUACGAAUUCAAAGAUUAUAUCUGCGUGGUGAAUUAGACAAAACCUCACUCCUUGAGCUUGCCACGUCCUUUGGGUCUCUAACAAACCUAACCAGAUUAACACUUUCAAGGGCAACAUUGGAUGAAGAUACAUUUCCUUACCUGCAAGCACUGCCCGCGUUGAUGUUUCUUAAACUUUUUGGGGCAUAUGAUGGCAUGAAGUUGCACUUCCAAGCGUCAUCAUUCCCGAAGCUAAAGUUAUUGUACAUAGAAUAUGCCCCGAAGCUCAGUCAGGUGGAAAUAGAAAGAGGAGCAAUGGCAAGCCUGUAUACGCUUCAGAUACACUUUUGCCCCGAGCUAAAGGAGCUGCCCCACGGUAUCGAGUACCUUACCACCCUUCAAGAUUUAGACAUUAGCUAUCCAGCAGAGGAACUUGUUGAGCAGCUUCUAGGAGAAGGAGAAGGCGACCACAGCAAUGACUGCCGCACGAGGGUUCGCCACAUCCCGAAAUUUACUAUUGGUUUCAUGCAAGACGGCGAGUAUGUCGAAGAAAGGAUUCAAUGAUUCCAUAUCGUGUAGGUGAGUUUGGGCGCUUUUUGCAAAGCACCGACAGAGCUUGAUGCUUUCAUAUUUUCCGCCUCAGAUCUUCUAAAUAAUCCGUGCUGGAGGAAAAUUGAAAAUUAUGAUCAAUAUGCUGGUGUUAUCUUAUAUGUGUAUUUUAUUUUAUUUUAUUUUCAAUGUAUAUGUAUGUAAAAGUGGAUGCAUCAAAUUAGUUGGUGCCUUUAGC